AUGCCCGUUUACAUUGGUAUCAUCGGCACACUAGUGCUAGUAUACUUCUCGGCCUUUGCAUACCGGCUAUUAAACAAUAUCAACGCUGCAAGAAGUAUCGGCCUGCCAUUUCUGAUCUACCCAGUAAAUCAAAACAAUAUCAUCUGGGUAUUAACAUCUGUCCCUUUGCGCCCAUGGUUGCGACGUAUUCUCCCCACGCGGAUCUACAACCGUCUCACGCUGGUGAUAUAUGGCUGGGAAUUCCAUGAGAAACGUCGUCCGUUCGAUGAAUAUGCAGCCCCACAAGGCGACGACAGGUCAUUCUUCCUUGCUACUUGCGGAACCCUAGAACUUUGGACUGCUGAUCCAGUCGUCGCUUCGGAGGUUCUGCAACGUACGGGUGAUUUCAAGGUUCCUACCAUCACCGGUCUGCUUCUCGCCCAGUUUGGACACAAUGUGUUCACCACAAAUGGCACGAGAUGGGCGAAGCAGCGCAAGGUUGUUGCGAGCGUUAUCAACGAGCGCAUCUCUAAGACUGUCUUUGAUGCGACCGUAUGUCAAACCACUGGUAUGCUGGAUGAGCUUAUUCUCGCUGCUUCCGAGAAGAGGGGAAGCUCUGCCGAGUCAAAUGAGUUAUUUGAUAUGAUCAAGCGUGUUACGAUUCAUGUGCUGAGCGAGGCUGGGAUGGGCGCAAAGGUUCCAUGGAGGAGUCAAGAUGGCGAGAAACCUAUGCUAGGGUUUAAAACGACAUAUAUUGAAGCCUCCAAAGUGGUAAUGGGCGCUGUCGCUGGGCCGAUAGUUAUCCCAACCAAUAUUCUUUUGAACUGGCCAUCCUGGUUACCGGGGUAUCAGUGGUUGAAGCAGCUAGGCAUUAGCAAGCGCGAGUUCUCGAUGCAUACCAAAAGCUUACUUGAUAAAGAGCGUCACCGUACUUUCAAGAAAAAGACAGCUCUAGGAAGAGGUAACAUCAUGAGCCAACUGCUCCAAGCAUCAGCCGAACAAGGAAAUACGGAUGACAGCCUCAGCGAAGAAGAGUUAAACGGCAACCUCUUCCUAUUCACAGCAGCGGGAUUCGAAACAACAGCAAACACCAUCUCCUACGCGAUAAUGCUACUUAUCAGAUAUCCCAAAUGGCAAGAGUGGCUCUUCGAAGAGGUCGACAGCCUAAUACCCACAGACGCGUCAGAAACUCUACAGUAUACCUCCAUCCUUCCGCGGGUGACGCGCAUCAUGGCCGUUAUGCUUGAGACACUACGACUAUACUCACCUAUUAUCCGCAUCCUCAGGACAAAUGAUGCACCACAAGCGUUAAAGACAUCCAAGGGUAUCAUUCACCUCCCAGCCAACUCUACGGUGACUAUCAACAUCAUUGCACUGCACCUUGAUCCAGAAGUGUGGCCCGACAUCAACCGGUGCUCGGAUCCAUCAUGGGUCGCAGAUGAUCAAAGACUCUCGGACGAAUCCACAUUCCGGCCUUCUCGCUGGAUCAAUCCUGACACGUCUCCAAGGCGGUUAUACCAACCGCCUAAAGGGUAUUUUCUUGCGUGGAGUCAUGGCCCACGUGUUUGUCCGGGGCAGAAGAUGGCACAGGUUGAGUUUGUGGCGGUUAUGCUCAAGCUCCUGCAGCAUCAUCGUAUAGAUGCUGUGCCGCUUGCUGGGGAGCAGCGGGAGGAUGUUGAGCGGAGGCUGGAUACGGUAAUGAGUGGGUGUAUUCCCAAAAUGACAUUAGUCAUGGAGGGGAUAUAUGAUGCUAGCAAGACUGGAGGUGUUCCGGUGCGAUUAACUAGGCGGAAAUAA